GGAACUUCUCGGGAAAGUUCGUUAAAAUUUCGUAAUAAACAUGGAGGAAGAUAGCGGUAGACAGAGGCUUCUCGAUGGAGGACAGCCUUUUCCUUCUUCGUUACCCCAGUCUCCUCCGAACGAAUACGACAAUGCGCUUUAUCACGAACAGGGAAAAAGUCCGAGAGAGACGCUUAUCAUGUACUUCUUCAUGCUGUUUGUGAUCAUUAUGGUCAUGAUUACCAUUAUACUGUCUUUGUAUCGUGGUGCAGCAGUGGAUUCUACAUACAUAUUGUUAGGAGUCAGCAUCAUUUCUAUUGGUAUGGUGGAGUUAGUGUUGGUUCACUGGACAAGAUCAGGGGAACUUCCUGCAGAGAAAUUGUGGUUCUUGUACUUCGUGGGAAUCUGUAUCUCUUUGGAGUCCAUUUUCACAGAUGUGCUGUUAUAUCACAGACCUGAACCAUCAACUUAGAGAAAUCACUAGUCUUUAUAUAAUUUAGUUCUAGUUUAUUUAAAUUUACAUCAGCGGAGAUCUAGGUUUGUUUUUUAAUGUCCAAUCAAUGUAUCUAAUGAAUUGUGUUAUAAAUGUUUGGUUUGCACAUGUCACCCUUCUCAUUUUUAAAGAAAAAAAAAGGCAAAGGUGAGUUUGUGCUGAAAUACAAAGUGAGUGUGAUUAAGUCCUAUCGAUUGUGAAUUACUGCAAGAUAAUCUGGAAAUUACUCAAAAUACUAAUAUCACCCUUUUGAGAUUUUACAGAGUCAAACCUUGUUUGUUAUUGUUGUUUUGUAUUGAAUAAUUUUUUUGUAUUGAAGUUACUGUAUUAUGAGUCAGAGACAAUAUUAUUUAAUCAAUGGUAAAAUUUAGGAACGAAA